AUACCAGUUAGGCGUCGUACAAGAUGGCGGUCGCGAGUGACCAUCACGAAGGAUCCUUACAAGAAGAAGUUGAAUUACUAGAGGCUAUUUAUAUUCAUGAAUUAACAAUAGAAGGACUGAAAGACAGACCGUCAUCUAUCAGCCUACUUCUUCAUCCAAGUACAGGUGACGAGGGAGAGAAGCAAUAUGUUUGUCUAACACUACAGAUCUUUCUUCCAAAUGAGUACCCCAAUGCAUUACCUGGUAUACACAUUAGCAAUCCAAGAGGUCUCUCUGAUGCUCAUGUGGAAAGUAUUAUCUCCAACUUAAGAGAACUUGCAGAAAGCAGACUUGGAUCUCCCAUGUUGUAUGAACUCAUUGAUUAUGCCAAAGACAGCCUUACAGACAACAACAUUCCAAGCUGUGCCUGUGCAAUAUGCUUGUCACAUUUCCAGGACAGUCACUGCUUUACCAAGACUGAAUGCUACCACUACUUUCAUUGUAGUUGUUUAGCUAGAUACAUAGAGUACAUUCUUAGGAAAAUCRAUGAAAGUGACCAGGAAGACAAACAGAUUGUGUGUCCUAUGUGUCGGUUACCAAUCACUUAUGAUCUGGAAGCUUUGAAGAUGGCACCAGAAGAUCUGUUUAGUGAUAAUGAGGCUUCCUAUUCUCCUGACAAGAAAAUGAAACGGCUCCAGAAGGAGAUGGCUGAACUUUUCGACAAACAGCUUAAAAAGGGCGGAAUAAUAAAUGUUGAGGAAGAAAAAAACAGAUUUUUGAUUGAAAUCAAAACGGCUCCUGUGCAACAGGAUACCGAAGACACUACAGUUGACGAUGAUCGUGCACUUGACAACGAUACUGAUACAGGUAAACCAAGUAGUGCUGAUGUUGUAGUUGAUCAGAAUAAAAGUACGAAUUAUCUAGACAAAGGCAGUGAAGAAAGGAGACGAGAAAGACCGUCAUCUUCACGUAAAAACCGAGGGAGGGGUAGACAACAUAGGCAUUAUAGAACUGACGGACGCUGGGACGAAAGGAAUGAUGGACCGCGGAAUGAACGACCAAGUAACGAACGACCGCGGAAUGAACGACCAAGUAACGAACGACCAAGGAACGAGCGACCAAGGAACGAACGACCGCGGAAUGAACGAGCAAGGAACGAACGACCGCCUAAUGAAAGACCAAGUAAUGAAGGACAGCGGAAUGAACAACCAAGUAACGAACGACCGAGGAAUGAACGACCAAGUAACGAACGACCGCCGAAUGAACGACCAAGGAACGAACGACCGAGGAAUGAAAGACCAAGUAAUGAACGACCAAGGAACGACCGACCGCAGAAUGAACGACCAAGCAACGACCCACCGCAGAAUGAACGACCAAGGUGUAAUAACGAAAGAGGAUUCCAAAAGGGUCAACGAGAUAGGGAAGUUAAUCAGAAAACACAAGGUACAGAGAAGUAUAAAGGUAGUCAAGGGAAUGAAACAAAGACGAAAAAUGACAGGUCUGAUGAGAAUAAAGCGGUACCUGGAGAAAUUAAUGGAUUAAAAUCGUCUAAUGUUCAACAAGAUCAGAAUGUUCAACAUGUUAUUGAUAAAUCAGAUGUGAAAAGUGUUAAGUCAGGAGAUACCACUGAGGCCACUAUUAGCUUGGAAUCAAAAAACGAUGAUAAAAGUUCAUUGAAAAUAACUGUAGCACAAAAAGACAAUUAUCAAGGGACGAAAAGAACAGAGAGUGGGUACGGAGAGAAACAUAGCGACAAAACUACGGGUAGAAAAGAGGACAUACCGAGUCACAAGAAAGAUUUCUCACAUCGACGAGACGAACCAGUUGAUCAGAAGGUUGGUAGUCGUAGCAAAGGCGCUAGGAAUGUAAGACACUCGUCACCAUCACGCGAAACUUCUUCUAGGACAACAGAUAGAGAAAAGAUCUAUGAUGAUGACAAAAGUAGAAGAAGACAAAAGAGACCAAAGAGACCCGAGCAAAAGGACAAAGAUGUUAAAAUUUCACCUUCAAACGACGGACAAUACUCGCCUUCCAGAAAUGAUAUCGAAAAUGCUAAACCAUUGAAGCUUCACUCGCAGAGCGAGUUGACCUGUGAAAAUACGAACUUAUCGCAAUCUAAUGUUAAAACGGACGAUAAGUCUGCUGCUGGUGUUGCCAGACCUCCCCCGGGGUUUGAUAGAAUAGAGAUAAAAUCCCGGGGACCCACCGGUCCACCACCGGGCUUCGAAAGUAAUGAUUCAUUGGUAGGAAAGCAGCCACCUCCAGGAUUCUGAAAUCGUCACUUGGUGAUAAUAACAGAUGUAUUUACAUUUGGAUUUCGUUAAUCAGAUUAUAUUGGUCAUGGCUAUAAAAURCGUUGGCUGGUUGUCAAUACCAGUUGGUUGGAUUAGAUAUUCUGUGCUUCGUUGGUGUCAUUAAUUAAGUGCUUUUGCAUGUUUCGUUGGAAUUGACAAUGUGUACAGCUAUUUCAAAAAAGGUCGGUGAAGAUUUUGCUACAUGCUUCUUACUUAGCUUGAAAUGUAUUAUAUUCGUAUGUAAAUAAUGACAGCACUGAAGAAAUUAUACUGGUAAAAAAGUGUAGGCAAAGUUUGGUAUAUCCAUUUUGUUGUGACCUUUCACUAAUUGCAUUCACAUUACCCAUAGUUCAUUUCGGGCUUGGUAUGCAACAUGCAUUAUGUAACAAAACAACCUUUACCAACCUUUUUUGAAAUAUUUGUUGUAUAUGACUUUGUAAGCGAUUCAAGUUGUGGUGUGCCACACAGACUAUUCUUUGGUCCUUUUUCUGUAGUUGGUUAUUUUUGUGUUUCAGCGAUAAAAAGUUAAUAAAAUGUCUAUUUAGUUCUCUAA